CAAUUGAAAAUGUUAAGAAAGACGACUUCCGAUGUGAUUUCCCGUUCUUAUUCGUAUAACCUUCACCGUCGCCGGGCAUCAUUUUCUUCAUCUUCUUGCAAAUUGGCGGUCACCAAUGAGGUUCUCAAUAUCAUUGAGCAAAUUAGCCCAAUGGAGCCAGCUCUUGAGAAGGUAGUCCCUUUUAUAACUCGUGAAGUGGUAGCUUCUGUUAUUGAAGAAAAAAAGAAAAACCUUGAAUUGGGAUUUAGAUUUUUUAUCUGGGCUAUGAAGAACAAGCGUCUUCGCAGUCGGGCUUCACAUAGUUUAAUAGUUGACAUGCUUGUUGGGGAUAAUUGUAGUGGUAAAAGUGGUCAUCUUGAUGGGUUUGAGUUAUAUUGGAGGAUUUUUGACGAGGUUAGGAAACGGUUGGGUCCUAUGGAUUCAGCUGCAUUGGUCGUAUUGAUUUCGGCGUAUUGGAAGAUUAAAAAUGCUGAAAAGGCCGUGGAAACAUGGAAAAUGAGAGAGUUCGAUUGUACACCGGAUUUAUUUGUUUAUAACACAACAUUGCAUGUUGUAGUUAAGAAAGAUGUCAUUUUGUUAGCGUUGGCACUGUAUAAUAUGAUGUUGAAAUCAAAUUGUAGGCCUAAUCGCUCGACUUUUAACAUUUUGAUCCAUGGGUUGUGCAAGAGUGGGAAGACUCAGGAUGCGUUGCAUCUGUUUGAUGAAAUGCGUGAUCUAGGAUUGUUGCCUAGUAAGAUUACCUACACUGUGAUUCUCUCGGGUUUGUGUCAGGCGAAGAGGACUGAUGAUGCACAUAGGCUGUUUAAUUUGAUGAAGACUAGUGGUUGUUUGCCGGAUAAUGUCACUUAUAAUGCUUUGCUUAAUGGGUUUUGUAAGUUAGGCAGGGUUGAUGAGGCAUUUGCCCUGUUGAAGUCUUUUACAAAAGAUGGCUAUGCCGUUAAACUACCAGGCUACAGUUGUUUGGUUGAUGGCUUGAUUAGAGCCCGUAGGAUUGAUGAAGCACACGAACUCUUUCAGAAACUUUUUGAGAUUCCUGUGAUACCUGAUCGAGUAUUAUAUACGACUAUGAUGCGUGGGCUAUCGCAAGCUGGAAGGUUAAAGGAUGCUUUGAAUCUGUUGAAGGACAUGACACAAAGGGGUGUUGUACCAGAUACUCAAUGUUACAAUACUUUAAUUAAGGGGUUCUGUGACAUAGGUCUGUUAGAUCAAGCGCGGUCUCUUCAGCUAGAAAUUUCAAGGAAUGAUCUCUUCCCUGAUACAUGCACUUAUACUGUUUUAAUUUGUGCUUUGUGUGAGAAUGGCAUGGUUCGAGAGGCGCAGAAUAUUUUUGAUGAGAUGGAGAAGAUUGGCUGCUUUCCCUCUGUUGUAACCUUUAAUGCUCUUAUUCAUGGUUUAUGUAUGUCUGGUCAGCUUGAGAAAGCUCACCUUAUGUUCUACAGGAUGGAGAUAGGAAAAAAUCCUUCAUUAUUUCUAAGGCUUUCUCAGGGUGCAGAUAGAGUCCUUGAUAGUGCAAGCCUCCAAACAAUGGUGGAGAAAUUGUGCGACUCUGGGCUGAUAUUAAAAGCUUACAAGCUUCUCAUGCAGCUGGCUGAUAGUGGGGUUGUACCAAAUGUCAUAACAUACAACAUUUUGAUAAAUGGCUUAUGCAAAGGUGGCAAUUUGAAUGGUGCUUUCAAACUUUUUGAGGAGCUCCAACUCAAGGGGCAUUCUCCCGAUAAAAUCACAUAUGGAACUCUAAUAGAUGGGCUUCAGAGGGCUGGUCGUGAAGAGGAUGCAUUUAAGCUCUUUGAACAGAUGAGUAAUAAUGGAUGCACGCCUGGCCCAGAGGUUUACAAGUCACUUAUGACUUGGGCUUGCAGAAAUAUGAAGACAUUGGCUUCUAGCAUUUGGUUGAAAUAUAUGAAGGCUGUUGGUGGUGAGGCAAAUGAAAAAAUUGGGUCCAUUGAAAAACAUUUUGAGGAGGGAAACUUGGAAAUGGCUGUUAAAGGGAUACUUGAAAUUGAUUUUCAGUCAGUAACUUUUGAUUCUGCACCUUAUAAUAUUUGGCUCAUUGGUCUGUGUCAGGCACGAAGAACAGAGGAGGCUUUAAAGGUUUUCUCCAUCCUUGAGGAGCUUUCUAUAAAUAUAUCUGCUCCUGGUUGUGUGAUGUUAAUCCAGAGUGUUUGCACUGAUGGAAAGCUGGAUCAGGCAAUUAGCAUUUUCCUGUACACUCUGGAGAAAGGCAUCCGAUUGAUGCCACGAAUCUGCAACAAUCUACUAACUAUGUUACUUCAUUCUCAAGAGAAGGCGGAGGAUGCAUUUUAUCUCUUAAAAGAAAUGAAGUCCAUGGGAUACAAUUUAGAUUCCUAUCUUUACAAAAAUACUAAAUCCCUUUUAAUUCAUCAUAGAUAUAGAAAAGUAAGAAAACUGGAAAGUGUGUCACAUGGGUAAGUUUUCUAGCGAUUGGUUUUCAUUCAACGUUGCAGAUUUUUGGAUGCUCUUCUCUGCCCCAUCUGGAGAGUACUAGGAGGUUAUUUUUGAAGUAGUGUUUAUCUGGCAGAUUAAAUCCACAAACCCACUUCUGUUGUCUAAAAUUGGGUAAUUUGGGUUCUUACAUGAGUUAUGGCUUGGUUUUCAGUUUCAGAUUCUGGGUUUCCAUUUCUCCAAAUGUUUUGCUUGAAACUAGACCUGUAUGCUUAAGACAGAAAUCAUUGGUACCUGGUCUGUUUUGGGUUCAUGAAGGUGGUCUAUACUGCACUAGUUGACUUCUAUUUCCGCCCUUCACAUUCCACUCCUGCAGCCGCUCAUAUGCUUUUCUGGGUAAAGGUCUCACUUCUGAAUUCUGAGUCCCUUGAAGAAUGAGUUUGGUCUUUUCUGCAUGUUGGCACCAUGAUGAUACAUGGAUCCUAUUUAAAGGACAGAUGCUGCUUCUUCUUCUUUAAAAACGAAGCAGUAAGCAUAAGCCAUCAUAAACAUGACAAGAUGAUUCUCAGCAGUUUUGCUUAAAGGUUAAGAGUGCCAUCGAAGGCAACCAUGGAAGAGAGCAGUUUCUACUAGAAUUGACAUGGGCCAUAAGCUGCAGUUCAAUGUGCCAUGAACGUGUUUGAUCUUCAUUCUUCACCGCUGUCAGUGGCAAAUGACGAAAAGUAUAUGGAUUGGCCUUUUGCGAGAAUUUAGCAAUCCAGAUCGACUCUGAACUCCAAUAAGCAAUAGCUGAUGGUUACUGGCUACCUAUUAAUCACCCAAGUCUGUGUUCUGUUCCCAAAAUAUUUUACUUGAAGGCCGAUCUGUAUCUUAAGAUACAAGUUAGUAUGGGUCUGUUCUGGGUUCAUGAAGGCGGUCUAUGCUUCAAAAGUUCACUUUUAUUUCUGCCCUUUGCAUUCUACUCAGCGGUCGGUCUUAUGCUCUUCUUGACCGAAGUCUCACUUCUGAAUCUUAACCCCUCGAGGAUGAGGUUUGAGUUUUUUGUGCAUGUUGGUACUGUGAUGAUUUAUGGAUCUUAUUGAAAGGACAAAGGUUGCUUCUGUUUCUUUCAAACUGAAGCAGUAAGCAUCUCAUUCAUAAACAUAAUAAGAUGAUGCUCAGCAGUUUUGGUCGAAAUUAAAGACAACCGUCCGAGCAACUCUGGAUGACUGCCAACUUCUUCAAGAAAUGACAAGGGCCAUAAUCUGCUGUUCAGUGUACCACAAUUGCAUUGGAAAUUCAUUCCUCACUGCUGGUGUUAGUAGGGGGAUGCUACGAUGCAUGAAGAGUAGUGGCUGCCACCCUGCUGGUUUUUGAAUUGUGCAGACUGGACUUUUCAGGCUAAACAUAUGGAUUAUCGCUAUUCUGGGUAUUGCACAGUUGUUUCGGAUAGAUCAAUUGCUCUUUUCCAUAAUUGAGCUUGAACUUGGUAGUCACUACUCUUGUGGGGUUCAAAGUACAAUCUCGAUGGCCCUAAAAAUUUGUCCUGUUCUGCUUUGUAAUGCUUGGACCUAUACAGGGUGAAUGUAUGAAUAGAAUCUGAGGCCUGAGCAUUUCUUAUUUGUUAAUACAUGUACACUUAACUAAGGCUGCUUGCAUUUCAACGGGGGAAUGUAUACACAUGAUAAAAUACAAGAUGUAUCUUCUGUUAUUUCA